AUGUUCGGCAUGAGAACUCCAGUGGCGAAGAAGCUCAAGGCCAGAGUAGAGAGGUCGGAAUCGGGAAGCUCAAUAGUAGCUGAGGCAGGACCAUCAGUAUGUCACAGUCCUGAAGAGCGGGAGGCUGAGAUAGUCAGCGAGGCCCGCCCUCAGAAAACACCUUCACCUCAGCCAAAGUCCCCGAAAAGAUCUCCACCUAAGCUCAGGCCCAAAACAAUCCUCCCACAAGAGUCACGGCUAGAGCAAACAAUAAUCCUGUCAUCGCCACCUUCUCAAACGACACAGCCAACUCGGUACAUGAACAGGAUGACCGAAGCCAAAGCCUGCCUCUCAAAAGUAAAAAUGCAGGUGGUGAGCUCUCGUAACUUAAAAAAGGAAAUCGCCUAUGAGAUCACCAAGGCAGCCGAGAGACUCUACCACCUCGUCAAGGAGGCAGGGGCAGAUAAGGAAACAAGUGCCGAGUUGGAAAAUGCAACGGAAUCCAUCCCACCUCAACAGACUCCUCGCCAGGAAUUUCCGACAGAGCUUGUGAAUCAGCUCAUGGAUUCGCUCCAGAGCCACAACCGGGCCCUGGAGGACUGCAAACAGCACACGCAGGCUCUGUCGGAACAACUUAAAGAGGCGCCACGCUACGUGGCUGGCCAGGGACCGACGUUCGCAGAGAUCGCCGCAACCUCAAAAAUACAAUUCCGAGAGCCACUGCACUCGGUGAUCGUGUCAUCCACCAGCGAUCAAGACACCGGUGAAGUGGUCAUCGAGAAGCUGAGGACGGCGGUCGAUGCAAAAAAUGAGGGCACGAGGGUCGAACGGCUGAGGAAGGCAAGGGACCGGAAGGUGGUUGUGGGCUUUGGAUCCCGGGAGGAAAUGACUAGGGCGACGGAGAGGAUCAAGAGAGCGGGUAACCUGAUGGUGGAAGAAGUGAAGAACAAGGACCCGCUCAUAAUCAUCAAGGACGUCCUCUCCUGUCACUCGGACGAGGAGGUCAUCCAGGCAAUAAAAUGCCAAAAUCACCACCUGAUUGGGGACGUACCUGCAGAGGAUGCUAGAAUGGGCAUCAAAUACCGUCGCAGGACGAGAAAUCCCCACACGUGCCACAUCAUUCUGCAGGUGUCCCCAGCGUUAUGGCAGAGGCUGACAUCGGCGGGAAGACUGCACAUCGACCUGCAGAGGGUGCGUGUACUGGACCAGUCACCUCUGGUGCAGUGCACGCGCUGCCUGCGCUAUGGUCAUACCCGGAAGAUGUGCACGGAAACAGCCGAUGUCUGCAUUCAUUGCGGAGACCUCCACCUCCGAGCGGACUGCCCCUUAAGGCAAGCAGCCGAACCUCCCAAAUGCCGCAACUGCCUUCUGGCAAAAAUGCCCAAGAUCGACCAUAACGCCUUCGACAGCGAGUGCCCCGUCCGGAGGAAGAACCUAGCCACGCAAGAACUGCUCAUAGAGGCCGGCGACAGGAAAGUUGCUCUGGCGUUGCUCCAGGAGCCGUAUGUGGGUGGGAUCCGGAAGAUGCGAGACUAUCACGGAGUGAGAAUCUUCCAGAGCGCCGACCAAGGAGAAGGAACUGUAAAGUCGGCAAUAGCCGUCUUCAAUCACGACCUAGACGUGCUACAGUGUCCAGAACUUACCACCAACAACAUCACGGUGGUAAGGAUCCGUACCCGCGCCUGGGAGAUUGCGGUAGUCUCGUUCUACUUUGAACCGGACCAGCCCAUAGAGCCAUACUUGGAGCAACUAAGGCGGAUCCGAGAGGAAAUGGGUCACCUAGAUAUUAUAGUCGGGGGCGAUGCGAACGCAAAGAGCACCUGGUGGGGUAGCUCAAUCAUCGACAGCAGGGGGGAAGAAGUAGCUGGCAGCUUCGAGGACAUGGGCUUGCAGGUACUCAACACCGGCAAUACUCCGACCUUCGACACCUUCAGAGGAGGAAAGCAGUUCACCAGCUUUGUUGACCUCACAGCCUGCUCGGAGGGACUCCUUGGUCUAAUUGAAGACUGGAGAGUCGAGAGCGGCAUCACGAGCUCGGACCACAACGGUAUUGUGUUCAAAAUUAAAUUACAAAAAUCAAAAGGUAUUAACAUUAAUAGGCAAACAAGAAUUUAUAACACCAAAAAAGCCAAUUGGAGUCAAUUUCGUGAGAAAUUGGCCCAAUUGGAAGAAGAGUAUCAAAUUAAUAGUAUAGAAAUAAACAAAAUUAACAACACACAAUCUUUAGAUCAAUCAAUUCAAAAUUACAUCAACAUAAUAAUUAAAACAAGUCAGGAAACCAUACCAAAAAUUAAAAAUAACAGUUUAGUCAACAUACCGUGGUGGUCAACCGAGCUCGUCGAGAUGAAAAACGAGGUCAACACCAGGAGACGCCGUAUACGCUGUGCCGCGAAGAUCCGGAGACAAAAGGGCGUUGAGGAGUACCUGCAAGCAAAAGAAAAAUAUGAACACGAGGCAAUGAAAGCACAAGUGCAAAGUUGGAAGGGGUUCUGCGAGAAACAAGAUAGGGAGGGAUGUGAGGAUGUACCCCUGGUCAAGGACGGACUGCCAUUGAGCCCAGAAAACUCAGCGCGGCUCCUGGCGGAGACCUUCUACCCCGUGGACUCGGAAGAGGGCGAAACUGAGGACCACCGCCGUACUCGUGAAGAUGCCGAUCGCUCGAACGUGUGGUCGCAUGAUGAGCACCAUGACCCACCGUUCACGCUACUGGAACUGAAAACGGCGGUGGAUAGCUUCAACCCAAAAAAGGCACCCGGGGCGGAUGGUCUCACCGCCGAUAUCUGCGCUCAAGCCAUCUUCCGCGAUCCGGGGAUCUUCCUCGCCCUGGCCAAUAAAUGUCUGGAGCAGGGACACUUCCCCGGAGCCUGGAAGGAGGCCACAGUGGUGAUCCUCCGGAAGCCAGGGAAAGACACCUACACCGCCCCCAAGUCUUACCGACCCAUCGGCCUAUUACCUGUCCUGGGCAAAAUCCUGGAAAAGUUGAUGGUAGCUCGUCUCAAAUGGCACCUAGUCCCGCGGCUUAGUACUCGCCAGUUUGGCUUCAUGCCACAAAAAAGCACCGAAGACUCCCUCUACACCAUGAUUCAACACAUCAAGGAAAAAUUAAACGACAAAAAGCUGAUCACUGUUGUCUCUCUUGAUAUAGAGGGAGCCUUCGACAGCGCAUGGUGGCCGGCCAUCAGGACCAGACUGGCUGAGGAAAAGUGCCCGGUGAACAUAAGAAGGAUGAUAGACAGCUACCUCAACGACAGGUGUGUCCGGGUCAGGUACGCCGGAGCGGAGUGCCGCCGGGAUACGAACAAGGGAUGUGUGCAGGGGUCUAUUGGAGGCCCAAUCCUUUGGAACCUGGUGCUGGAUCCCCUGCUAAAAGGUCUUGAACAGCGAGGCGACUACUGUCAGGCUUUCGCUGACGACGUCGUCCUCAUUUUCAGCGGGGAUACAGCACUCGAAAUCCAAAGACGUGCCAAUGCCGCCCUCGAGUAUGUUCGGGGGUGGGGCAUCAGAAAUAAGCUGAAGUUUGCGCCACACAAAACAUGCGCCAUGGUCGUAACCAGGAAGCUAAAGUACGAUGUCCCCCUCCUGAGCAUGGGCGGGGUCGCCAUUGGCAUGUCAGAGGAAAUAAAGAUACUGGGGCUCACUGUGGAUCACAAGCUCACCUUCAACACGCACGUCGCAAACGUUUGUAAGAAGGCUAUUAAUAUCUACAAACAGUUGGCCAGGGCGGCAAAGGUGAGCUGGGGUCUACACCCCGAGGUGAUCCGCAGCAUCUACACGGCGGCAGUGGAACCGGUGAUUCUGUACGCGGCCAGCGCCUGGGCGCCAGCAGCCAAGAAAGUCGGUGUGCAGAAACUCCUUAAUUCGGUCCAGCGAGGGUUCGCUCAGAAGCUGUGUGGAGCGUACCGCACCGUUUCACUGCAUUCGGCACUUGUGCUGGCGGGGCUGCUCCCGCUCGACCUUAGGAUUCAAGAAGCAGCCGCGCUCUAUGAAAAGAAAAAGGGAGUAACUUCGCUGGCCGGUCGUGAGGUGGAACGGGUGGUGGCGUUCGCAGACACGCCACACCCGGCGAAACAUACGGCCAUGGGGUUCGUGAGCUUGGUAGAUCAGUCUCAUGUGGAGUCCCACAACAGCCAGGACAUACGGUUCUUUACAGACGGCAGCAAGAUCGAGGGCAAGGUCGGAGCAGCACUCUCCCUUUGGGAUAGAGAGGCCGAGAUCAAGUCCUCGAAACUCAGUCUGCCGUCCUGCUGUACUGUCUACCAGGCAGAACUCCUGGCCAUAUGCGUAGCCACUAGGCAAAUACUGCGGCGCCGGGAGGGCACUUUUGGCAUAUACAGCGACUCGAAGGCAGCCCUGCAAACGGUCACCAACCAGAGUGCCCUCCACGCCCUGGCAGUGGAAGCAAGGGCGAACCUCAGUGUGGCUUUAUCCCAGGGCAAAGUUACAUCCUUGUUCUGGAUAAAGGCACACGCUGGACUGGAGGGAAAUGAGCGCGCCGACCACCUGGCCAAGGAAGCGGCUUUGAAGAACAAAACCAGGCCAGAUUACGACCUCUGCCCGGUUUCAUUCGUCAAGCGGCAGAUCCGAUUGGAGUCGCUGGGCGAAUGGAAUCGGAGAUACGGAAACGGAGCGACAGCGGGGGUCACGAAGAUCUUUCUGCCCGACGCUGCGGACGCGUACAGGAUCGUCAGAAAAAUUCUACCACGUGGGGUAAUAACACAAGUGCUGACGGGGCACGGCGGGUUCUCCGAAUACUUGCACCGCUUUAAGUGUAAGGAGAACCCAUCGUGCAUCUGCGACCCUAGUGCGAUCGAGUCUGUCCCCCACAUCAUCCUAGAAUGCCCUAUCUUCGCGCGGGAACGGUGGACACUGGAACAGGAAUUAGAUACAGAGCUGAGCCUGCAAAACAUUAGCCACAUAAUGCACAAACGAAAAGCAAGAGAAAAAUUCCUAGAGUAUGCCGAAACAGUUGCAAAUAAAAUAAUACGUAGGAAUAAAGAAGCCUGA